UCGGCUUGGAGAGGACGCCGGACAUUCUUUGAUGCAUCGGUGGUGUUUGGAUGAGAAAAAUAUGAGACCGCGGGAGUUAAGGCCCGGGUGUCGAAGGGUGUUGAGAUUUUCCGCAACGGCUUGUCCCGGCAGACACGGACGGCGACUCGCGGAAGGGGAAUGGAGGGACGGCUCCACUUUCGAACGGAAGCUUGGUCUUGUAUCCUCCUCCAUCGCCGUCGCCUCGCAGCCACUGGAGUUUUCCCACUCCAGCUCCAGUUUGAUUCGAUGAGCGCGGGAGAGAGAUGAUGGUGAUGAUGAUGCGGGGAGUGAGUAGAGGUGAAUGUUGUCGCUACUGAUACAGCAACCCUGUGCUUUGUGUGCCAUGCUUUCUGUCACUGAGACGGAUCAGCCCCGGCCUGUUGUCUGCGUGGAGUUUGGAUCGAUGGCGUGUGGUGAUUAAGGUGGGGAGGUGCAACGGUUGGCGUGGAUUGUAGAGAAGAGGCGACGUGAGUAGUGUUCUGAGUGAUGGGUGUUGGUCGGAUUGUGACGUCGAGGGGGAUGGUGCAUGGAGGAGUUGUGGGAUUUGGGGGGUGAGAGUUUGUGACGAGAGCUUCCUCGAUGGAUGGGUUGGGUUGGAAAGAGAAAGUGACGAUAUACUGUGUUUUAGUGAUGUUAUGUAGGGUGUGGUGAAGGCGUGUGGUGGACGAGAACGGUGUUGAGGUUGUGGAAUGAGAGAAAUUGGAGUGCUAGAAUACGGAGAGAUGUUGUACACUGGGGAGCUUGAUGAGUUGUUCCGUCUCCCCGCGGUGAAGACGGGAAGAUCAAGCAGUCCGUCGCUGCCAUGCUCCAACGCUAGCAGUCAAUAUGGCCUGCAUUCGCAGAGGAGUGAAUUGGGACUGUCGGGGAGCCCGUCGCAUCGAGGUGGUAUGAGUGGGAACAACCGUGUGUUGUUGCCGGGGAAGUUUGUGCUGAAGAAAGGCCUGGAGCCGUGGUCGACCGUAGAGAGGAGGGGCGAGCAGCUCUCCAGCACGGACCCCGCUGGCUCCCCGAGCUUUCGAAGAGCGGGCACCACGAUGUGGCCGGACAAGACCUCGACAGCAUGCGAGGCUGAGACGUCCACUGGGCAGUGGACGAGCCCUCGUUGUGGAGAGGAUCCUCGUAAUGAGGGCGAUUUGAUACAUUUCCACCAGCACCAGAAUCAGAGUACGAGCAACAGUCCGUUGUGCCCCGGUACUCCAAUCAGACAUCAUUAUUCUCAGAUGGCACCUUCGUCUCCACUGCAGAUUAUCUCUUCCCCGGAUGUGAAGAAAUGCAUUGCUCCGAUGUCCGAGCCCAGGUCUGUGCUUGACCUAACUAUCAGUCCGCAGCAGCAUCAAUUACCCACCAUCCGAGCCACUCUUCCGCGCCGCUUUCGAGAGACUUUUCUCGAGCACAAUGUGGCACCUGUCACCGCACCCAGCUUGAGCCCCUCCCCGCGCGUGCUGAACUUCGAGAGUUGUAGUAAUGGCAGCACUAAGAGUGGAACCUUUGCGGACCAAUACGGUCCCAGCCCAACCAAUGCCAGUACUUGGGCGCCAGAUCUUGCGACACAGGGCUAUCCGACCUCUAUCCCUACCCACAAGGUAGAGGAGCUUCCCGUCUUGCCCACCGCACAGAGCUUUAUUCAGGAAACAUCAAGCCUGGAUGAAUGGGAGGCGGCCACUAUAACGUCCCCGCAGCACAAGCUUCGUGCUAAACAAUGGAUGGUGUCGCUGAUGGAGGAUCUCCGAAACGCAGAAGAUGCGAACAGCGCCCAGGAGACUGAAGAAUGCACGACUCCUUUUACUCCCGGCGUCGAUUCCUGUGCUCCAUAUUUUCUGACUUCCCAGAAUGGUCUCGGCUCUCCCUGCCCCAGUGAUUACACGGGCGAUGAUACUCCUCGUGGCAGUAGAUUGGAGCACUUGCAGGUGGAGAGCCCUUGUGGUACUCCUCGUGGUGGUGGCGAUGGCGAAGACGCGCAAAACUCUCCUGUCAUGGUGGGCCAUGAGCUCGUCACCCUUCUCAUCGCGUGUGCUGAAGCUGUCUCUACCCAGAGCCUAAGCCUGGUUAAUCAUCUCCUGCAAAAGCUGGGCGAGCAUGCGUCCCCCCAAGGUACUGCCAUGCAGCGAGUUGCUGCAUACUUUACAGAAGGAUUAGCAUGCCGGGUUGCCCAUCUUUGGCCGCACGUCUACCAGCCCCUCCCAACUCACUCUAAUCUCAAUGACGAGCAACUCCAGACAGCGUUCCAUCUUCUCAACCACGUCGUGCCUUACACGAAAUUUGCGCAUUUCACUGUCAAUGAUAUAAUCUUGCAGGCUUUUAACGGCGCUGACCGCGUGCACGUCAUCGAUUUCGACAUCAAGCAGGGUCUGCAGUGGCCAGCGUUGUUUCAGAGCUUAGCUGAGCGGGAAUGUGGCCCGCCCUCACACAUCCGCAUCACAGGAAUUGGGGAAUGCAAGGAUGACCUUCUGGAGACAGGUGAUCGGCUAGCAGAAUUUGCCGAGGAGUUCAACAUUCCCUUCUCCUUCCAUGCGGUUAUAGAUAGGCUUGAGGAUGUGCGAUUGUGGAUGCUGCACGUGAAGGAGAACGAAGCAGUUGCUGUCAAUUGUAUCUCUCAGUUUCAUCGGUUGCUGUAUGAUUCCGGGGAAACCAUUAAAGAUUUCUUGAAUCUGAUUGGGAGCACCAAACCUAGGGUGGUGGCCAUUGUUGAGCAAGAAGGGAGUCACAACAGUCCUCACUUUGAGGGCAGGUUCUUAGAGUCCCUGAAAUACUAUUCUGCAAUUUUUGAUUCUCUGGAAGCCAAUCUUUCAAGAGAGAGUUGCGUCCGUGUCCAGGUGGAACAGCUAUUUGCUCUUGAGAUUCGCAACAUCCUGUCGUGUGAGGGAGCUGAAAGAGUUGAAAGGCAUGAGGAUACCGCAAGGUGGAGCGUACUUUUGAGCCAAUCUGACUUUGUCAAUGUGCCGCUUGAAGACAGUGCUAACACCCAGGCUCAAAUUCUCCUCCGCAUGUUUGAUUCCGAUGGGUACACAUUAACAGCGGAGAAUGGUUCGCUUACUCUUGGAUGGGUGGAGCAACCGCUUCUCACUGUAUCAGCUUGGAAACCUGAUAAGGAUUUUGUUCUCACAGGGAAAAGUUUGGUCACCAAUGAAAAACAACAGGCUGUGUGAUCAUUGCAUGAUAUGCUCCAAACCGGUAUGAUUCAGGAGGCCUGGAAGAGGGGAAAGCUCUGGUCAGUCUUACAUUCUUGUACAGCAAUUAAACGAGUUCAUGCUGGCAUUGAGGUCUUCGAUACGAGGUAGUCUAGUAGUUGUAAAUUCAGUUGCAGUACAUUUUUGAAAGCUUGGAACUGGUUUACUUAUCUUCCGCGGGUCAAUUUGUGGUGGCCGUCAGGAACGAAUUCUUUGACAACUGAUCAACCUUCAAAGCAAUUGUACAGCCCUACUCAACGUUAUCUCGACUUCAUUGAAAAUCUUAUAGUGAAAAUGUCGGGGCGAGAUUAUUCUCAUCGAUCCAUUUGAUGAGCAAUAUUACCAUUAGCGACUAGCUGCGCUAUUACUAUUUUAAUGAAUCAGUAAAAGUGUGUAGUGCAGCUGGCAUGAUCUUACUCACAUACCACUUAUCUGUUACACGAUUCAUUCUCAAUCGCUGAAGCUAGGCCACUAUAUGUUGCUGUUUUUCUUUUAUCUCCCAACUCCAAUCUCGGUAACUAUGGAGUCGAGGUGCUUGGAUAAUGAAGUACCGUUUACCAGUAUGCGUUGCACUGAUGAACCAAACCGAGAAAAGGAGAGGAUUGGGCCUUCUGUGCUAAUACCCGAAGUUUUGUAGUUCCAAGGUAGUGAAACGUAUGCCUGAUACCGUAAAUGAUAUGUAUUGAAGGAAAAAAUUAUCAUCUUUGAGCGUAUUGAGGAA